CCGUCCGCUGUCGGCACCAUCCCACCAUCUAAGGCUCGCCUUUGGUGUCCUGUGGGGACGCCGGACCCCUUUUGGGCAGGGAGUCUUGUCCUUGUGGGGGUCUGGGCCGGGUAGAUAUAAAGGCGGGCCAUUCCCGGGCACCCCACGCUCUGCACUUUGGGGACCCGGAUCCGUGGAGUGCCGGCGCCGGAGCUUUCGACCGCCUAGCCCCGGCUCGGGCCGCAGUGACGGACCUCCUUUUAGUGGCUGAGGCAGCUCCUGGACUCUGUGUGGCGGGAAGCAUGAGGGAUGGUGGCCUGCGGCCGCGCUGGGAGCUUGGGAGGCUGAGGGCACCCAGCAGCCAUAAUGGUGCGCAUGAACGUCCUGGCUGAUGCUCUUAAGAGCAUCAACAAUGCCGAAAAGAGAGGCAAACGCCAGGUUCUUAUAAGGCCGUGCUCCAAAGUCAUCGUCCGGUUUCUAACUGUGAUGAUGAAGCAUGGUUACAUUGGCGAAUUUGAAAUCAUCGAUGAUCACAGAGCUGGGAAAAUUGUUGUGAACCUCACAGGCAGGUUAAACAAGUGUGGAGUGAUCAGCCCAAGGUUUGAUGUGCAACUCAAAGAUCUAGAAAAAUGGCAGAAUAAUCUGCUCCCAUCACGCCAGUUUGGUUUCAUUGUACUGACAACUUCAGCUGGCAUCAUGGACCACGAAGAAGCAAGAAGAAAACACACAGGAGGGAAAAUCCUGGGAUUCUUUUUCUAGGGAUGUAAUACAUACUGAAAAAUAAAAUGCUUCAAUGGAC